AUGGCAUCGUUUCAUCGCGACGGAGAUUCCCAACUUCUAGUUCAUCAUCUUGAGGAAGUAGAACAGCAACUCGAACAGGAAGAAGAUGAACUUUUGGUCAAUCAUUCAGUCGAGGUUGAAGAGGAGUUAUCCAUGGUGCAACAUUUGGAUCAAGUAGAGCAGGAAGUUAAAGACGACAUGUCUCUACUUGAACAUUUGGAAGAAAUAGAGGAGGAACUGGCAUUAAUUCAUCAUAUGGAUGACGUGGACCAACAGCCCGAACAGCAAGGAGGGGGAGCUGUUCCACCUUAUUUUUUAAGGCGUGUGACCAGGCAAAGGGCUCGACGAUUUAGAGCCAAUGCCGUUAAUUUUAAUGUGCAAUUUAACCCUGCCUGGUUGCAACAACAGAGACUCGAGGAUUUACCGCAGGCACUUCGGGAGCAGUUUGAUAACAUCAUUGAGGAACUAAGGAUCGAUGUCAAUGGGCAAGAUAACGACCGGGAGACGGGAGUGCAUGUCCCUAACUUGUGUGUAGUACAGCUUGGAUGUGGCAGGUGUAUUGGGGAUAAAUCUACCAAUCUGUGUGAGGGGUGUCCUUGGAGAAAGGAAGAUGAAGGGCCUUCACGAACGAAAGUAUUUCGAGGAGACAGCACUUUGGAGGACAUGGGAGGGUGGCUUCUAACCCUUGUUGACCAGAAACGAAGCAAGAAGAGGAAGAGGGAUGCUCCAAACUCGGCUUUACAGGAAGUCUUAAAUGUCUUGGAUGAUGAUGAUGAUGAGGAAGACGAAGAUGAAGUAUUGGUCAUAGCUCACAAUUAUCGAGGAUAUGAUGGCCAUCUGCUGCUACAAUAUUUCAACAAACACAUUGUGGUUGCUCCACAGAUUGUACUCAGAGGCCAGCAGAUACUGAUGAUGAAAGUGGGACGAUUGACCUUCAAAGAUUCUUUGAACUUUCUCAGCAUGCCAUUGAAAUCAUUUCCAAAGACAUUUGGGCUCUCUGAACUGUCAAAAGGAUACUUCCCCCAUUUUUUCAACACAACAGUCAACAAGGAUUAUGUAGGAGCCUAUCCUCCCAUGGACACCUAUGGACCCGACAGUAUGUCCUCAGGCGAACGGGAAACUUUCAUCAAAUGGUACGAAGAGAAAGUUUCCUCCAAUGCCAUAUUCAACAUGUCUGAGGAUAUACUGUCCUACUGCCAAAGUGAUGUUGAUAUUCUUAGAAGAGGAUCUGCUGCUUUCCGUGACGUAUUCAUCGGGCAAAACAAUGUGGAUCCAUUCCUAGAGGCAACAACUCUUCCUAUGGCGUGUAUGCUUGUAUUCAGAAAAAACUACCUGGAUCCUCAAACCAUUGCCAUCAUACCACCUCAUGGAUACAGACCGGAGAGACGCUACUCAAUACAGUGUCUCCAGUGGUUAAGAUGGUUAAUGCAUGAGGAUCAAGAUCUCAAAAUAGAGCAUGCACGCAAUGGAGGGGAAGCAAAGUUUCUUUGCUCGGAUGGUUCUCGUUAUAGCGUUGAUGGCUACGACAGGGAAAGCAAGACUGUCUUUGAAUUCAUGGGCUGUUUCUGGCAUGGCUGCACAAAGUGCUACAAGGCUGUACGGUGUGAACCACAUCCCACCCUCGGAACAACCAUGAGAGAGGUAUAUCAAAAAACACUGUAUCGCCUUGCUGUGCUAAGCCAACACAAAGACGUGGAGAAAAUUGUCCAGAUAUGGGAAUGUGAAUUCAAAGACAGUCAGAAAACAAACCAAGAGUUGAAAGGAUUCCUAUCCACCUUUGAAUACCUGACAGAUCCCUUGGAUCCUCGCGAUGCAUUCUUUGGUGGAAGAACCAACGCCACAAAAUUGCAUUAUACCGCCCAAGAAGAGGAAGAAAUAAAAUAUGUAGAUGUGUGUUCCUUGUAUCCAUACAUUUGCAAGUACGGAAAAUUCCCCCUAGGUCACCCCAAGAUUGUGGAUCAUCCCCAUGUGUCGCAAUUGAAUCACCUAGAAGGACUCAUCCGGUGUCGCAUUCUUCCACCAUCACAACUGUACCAUCCCUUAUUACCCUACAGAGCUGGUGGGAAACUAAUGUUCCCUCUGUGUAGAACAUGUACAGAUGGUCAGAUGGAUGGGGAAUGUCGUCAUACGGAUGAGGAACGAGCAUGGGUGGGAACCUACACAACCAUUGAGGUGCAAACAGCCGUACGCGAGUGUGGAUACAGGGUUCUGCACAUAUUCGAGGCCUGGCAUUUCGAUAAUUUUUCCGAAUAUAGCAGAAGUACCCAUCAAGGAGGAUUAUUUGCCAAGUACGUAGAUAACUUUUUUAAAAUUAAACAAGAAGCCAGCUGCCUCCCUGAAGGAUGUACCGACCCUCAAGAUUACGCCCAUCAGAUAUAUGAGAAAGAGGGAGUUACACUCGACGUCAACCGGAUUAUGAAGAAUCCUGGGCUGCGGGCAUUGGCAAAAGGAUGCUUGAAUAACCACUGGGGCAAGUUUGGGCAAAGGCUAGGUUUUGGAAAAGCGAGCUAUGUGACAGAGCCAGAUCAAUUCUUUGGCAUGUUGAGAGACGAGCGGCAUGAAGUCAAAGAUGUCCUCAUUGUCAACGAAAACAUGCUGUUCGUCUCCACUGAACCAAGGAAAGACUUCCACAGUUCGCAUCCUGCCUCCAAUGUCGUCAUCGCUGCCUGGGUUACAGCACAAGCCCGUCUCAAAUUGUACAGCUACUUGAUGCCACUUGAGCGGAGGGUGCUGUACUUUGACACGGAUAGCAUCAUUUACGUCCACAAGGCUAGUGUCUGGAAUCCACCUUUAGGAGAUACUUUGGGCGACCUGACCGAUGAGCUGGAUGGCAACACUAUAUCUACGUUCGUGUCAGGUGGCCCAAAGAACUAUGCCUACAAAUUAGUCCGACCUACUAAAGACGGGACAAGGACCGUAUGCAAGGUUAGGGGGUUCACGCUGAACUACCGUGCAAGCCAGCAAGUCAACUUUGACACCGUGAAAGAACUCAUAUGCGGCAGACAGGAGGAGUCAAUAAGCGUGGACUACCCUAACCUCAUCGUACGAACAGGAUUCAAUCAGGGCAACCAGUUGUUGUCUGUCAGCACAGCCAAGAAAUACAGGAUGGUGUACACAAAGAGACGUGUGCUGUACGACGACAAUGGAUUGCCCUGUGAAACCCUACCAUACGGAUGGAAGACAUCGCCGUGA